AUGAGCCACAGUCUUCGUCUCAAGCCGUGGUGUCGUUCCCCGUUGUCCUCCUUUCCGAGCUCCACUGCCUCAAUUGUAGUAAUAAUACUACAAUUGACCUUAGGUAAUCAUAAUUUUUCUGGUUUGAGGCCUAACCUUAACAAAUGCUCUAUCUUCUUCUCUGGGGUUGAUGAAGGGCAAAUUCAGUCGCUUACUGAGAUUUUGCCUAUUCCUGUGGGGACUCUCCCAGUGAAAUACUUAGGUGUACCUCUUAUCACUACUAGACUCAAGGCAAGUGAUUGCUUAGUGUUGGAGGAGAAGAUUCUGGAUUGUAUUCAGAGCUGGUCCAAUAAAGUUCUUACAUAUGGUGGAAGAGCUCAGCUUAUUUUGUCCGUUCUUAGCAAUAUUCAAAGCUACUGGAGUCAAAUCUUUGUUAUCCCCCGGAAAAUACUUAAGAGAAUUGAAAGCAAGCUUAUGGCUUUUUUGUGGUCUGGUUGUGAUCUAAAUCAUAAAUGUGCUCGAGUGAAGUGGAGUCAGGUUUGUUCUCCAAAAGAUGAAGGAGGAUUGGGUUUUAGGAAAUUAAGAGAAGGUAAUGUUGCUGCUAUGCUCAAGCUAUUGUGGGCUCUUAGUAGAAAGGUUGAUUCUCUUUGGGUGAAAUGGGUUCAUACAUAUGUCAUAAAAGAGCAUAAUCUCUGGACAAUGGGGCUGCCUUAUGAUGUCUCGUGGACUAUCAGGAAGAUCUUCCAGCUCAGAGAGGUGUGUCAACCUUUAAUUCGAUAUCAAAUUGGGAAUGGGUUUCCACUUUCUUAUGGCUUGACAAUUGGCACCCUUUUGGGGCCCUUGUAUAAAAGGUUUGGGGAGAAUGUGUGCUCUAACAUUGGAAGAUCGUUGCAAGCUAAGGUUUCCACAAUUAUUAAAGAUGGGGACUGGGCUUGA